CUCGCGCUUUGCGUCUCUUCUUUAUGGCGGCCUCCGGCGACGGCGCCUUCUCGUCGUCGUCACCCAUGGAUCGCCUCCUCCGCGGCAUCUCCAUGCCAUACGAGGUCCCUUCUGUCGAACGGCGGCUUCUCAUGAAUCCUCCUUCGUCCUCCAGGAAGAAGAAAGAGGGCUUCGCCGGUGCGGCGCUACGGAUGCUGGGCUGCGCCUCCGAGGCGGCCUCGCAGGCGUACGAUCCGUCUGUUUCGAAGAACAAGACGCCGGGGAGGAGGAGGAAGACGAAGAAGGAAGGGAGGCGGAUUCACGGCGGUGGCAAAAUCUCGUGCGCGCCGGUGACUCCAUCCUCCACCGAGGCGUCUUUGGCUGGAAGAAAGCUGCUGGAUGCCAGCGAGAUUUCAGCCCUAAUUAAGAAUCUCGGGCGUUUUCCUCAGCAGAGUCCAUCUUCGUGUAGAAGGGAAAACCACCAGGAAACACUGUCGAACCCUAAUGCACCUCUAUUAGGGCAUGAUCGUGUACGCUCGGAAUAUCUUCACCGCUCGCCGGGAUUUCACCCUACUCCGUAUCGAUCCGAGGAGAUAAUCAUGUUCCAGACGAUCGUCCAGUUAGGAGAAUUAGAGGUGUAUGAGCAAUACCAAGACCAGUGGCUCGAUGUCGAUAACAUGUCCUACGAGGAGCUACUCGAGCUGGGCGAUAAAAUAGGGCAGGUUAACACUGGGCUGGAGGAGGAACAGAUCAUGAGCAGUCUAAGGAAGGUUAAAUACUCAUUUCUGGAUGCAUUAAAAAGACACAUUCGAUCACACAAUGAACCGAAUUGUAUCAUUUGUCAGGAAGAAUACUCCAUUAAUGACGCAAUUGGAGAGCUGCAGUGCGGUCAUAGGUAUCACGUACGAUGCAUCAAACGGUGGCUUCUUCAGAAAAAUGCUUGCCCUGUCUGCAAGACUGCUGUUUCUACGCAAGCUUUCGAGAGUCGAUAGGUAGCGUUCAUUUUGUUGCUCUCUUCUGUCUCAGCAUUUGGCGCAUUGUUGUUUCUAAAACAUUGAAUGUGAUCUUGUUGCUUUUGAUUUUGAUUAUGAUGAUUACUAAUAGGGAAAUCAAAUCGAUUAAAUUAAAUAAAUCAAUAUUGAAUUAA